UUUGAUCCAUCUAAAAGAACUAUCCUAGCCUUUAUUGGACACGCUGACCUAAAGUCCAUACUCAUCUAUAUAGCCUUUACAGAUAUAUAUAUACACCUCUUGCCUAGCUCCUCCUGCGUAUUCAUUUAUCAUAGAAUUACUAACAAGAUGGCUUCCUUUAUUUGCUUCCUCUUCUUUCUUAUUUCAUCUGCCACUGCUUGUGAUCGUUGUGUGCACCAAACUAAGGCUGCAUAUUUCAGUAAAGCUUCAGCACUUUUAUCUGGGGCUUGUGGGUAUGGUUCCUUGGCAUUGGGUUUCAACAGUGGACAUCUUGCAGCUGGUAUUCCUUCCCUUUACAAAGAUGGAGCUGGUUGUGGAGCAUGCUUUCAGGUAAGAUGCAAAAACACAACUGUUUGUCGCAGAGAAGGGGCUAGAGUGAUUUUGACGGAUAUCAAUCACAAUAACCAAACAGACUUUGUCCUCAGCAGCAGAGCUUUCAUGGCUAUGGCUCAAGAGGGUAUGGGCCAACACAUUUUGAAACUUCGGAUUGUCGACGUAGAGUACAAGAGGAUACCCUGCCAAUACAAGAAUCAGAACUUGGCAUUGCGAGUGGAAGAAUCAAGCCAAAAGCCAGAUUACUUGGCAAUCAAAUUUCUGUUUCAAGGUGGCCAAACAGAAAUAGUAGGUGUUGAUGUAGCUCAGGUUGGUUCGUCGAACUGGGGUUUCAUGAGUAGAAAUCAUGGGGCAGUCUGGGACACAAGUAGAGUGCCAUCUGGGCCACUGCAAUUCCGGUUUGUAGUAACAGCUGGGUACGAUGGGAAGUGGAUCUGGGCUCAACAUGUUCUUCCUGCUGAUUGGAAGCCUGCAGGAGUAUAUGACACUGGAGUUCAGAUCUCUGAUAUUGCACAAGAAGGUUGCUCUCCAUGUGAUGAUGGGACUUGGAAAUGAUCAGGCAACUCGGCACGGCUAACUAGUGUGCAUGCAUUACUCUUGAUUAAGGAGUGGUUUGGAUUCAGAGAGGAGUUGUGAAUAAUAAAAUAAAAGUUAAAUUAUUUAUUAUAUUUUGUGUAAAAAUUUGACAAAGUUAUUUUAAAAUUUGAAAAAGUUGAAUUGUUUAUUAUAUUUUGUGUAGAAAUUUAAAAAAAUUGUAAUGAUAAGAUGAGAUGAAUUGAGGUGAGUUAAAUUGAGAUGUGUUAGAGCAUCCUCAUUAGUUUGGUCAAAAUUGAAGGAUGGUUAAGAUUUAGAUAACUUGUACCAAAAAUACUUCACAUUGAAUUGAGCAUCUCCAAAAUAAUUUAGAUUUC